AAAAGUGAUCGGGUUCGAGAUUCUUCAAUACACAUGGUUGUUGUCUUUCGGUUUCGAAACGAACUUGGCGUUGACCGUGGCCUUUACAUCAUUAAAUUAAUUCACAGUGAUGUCGUAUUGUCGAGAAGAAGGUAAAGAUGGUAAGGACCGGAUUGUGUUUGCCAGUAGAGAGGAGGUGUCUACCCCCAGUCAGGCCACGAUAGCCCAGGAGGAGGAGGAAAUCUACGACGGACCCACUGGAUUUGUGCAGCCUAACGGUGACCUGAAUUUUGGCUGCCCCUGUGUGGGGGGCCUCCACGCAGGACCCUGUGGGUACGAGAUGAGGGAGUUCCUCUCCUGUAACUAUUACAACUCUAAGGACAAGGAGGAUCCCCGGGGGCAGGGCUGUGACGACAAACUGGACACUAUGAUGUCCUGCAUUCAGAAACAUGCAGACUAUUACAGGGAGAAGAUGUCUGGUGAUGAUGAUGAAGAGCAGGAAGAUCCCUUCGCCAUCACAGAAAACGAGGAAGAUGAAGUCUCCUCCUCCCACAUUGACGUGACCAGUAGUAUUGUGAAGGACAAGGAGGAAACACCAGAGACUGGUUCCCAGUCCUGAUGUCUGUCUGGGAACUAGUUUUCUUGUCUUUUUUCUUCUUUGUCAUGGAUAUGAAUGUUAAUAUUAAAAAUUGAGUGGUUUUACAGUAGCUAGUAGACUGAUAUUUGAUGUUUCUCAGAUUAUACAAUUUGUUUUAAUUAAAUAGACAAUUUUGUAAUAAUUUUGGCAGUUAGCAAAUGAGUGUAAGCUAUUGUGUGAAAAUGUGAGGUUAUUUUGUUGUAGGAUUUAUUUUUUUGUAUCAUUUUAUUAUAAGUUUGAUUUACAUCACCUUUUCCUUUUUGUAUUGAAUGGCAUUAUAAAUGGUGUAUUAUUCUGAACAAUGUAGCAUUACAGUCACUGACAAAUUUUAUAAAUUGACAGUUGCAGUGAAGCUGCUUUGAUUUCAAAUAUUUUUGACACGUACAUUUUUAAUUUAAAUUUUGUUGUAAUUCAUGGCAUUACUCCUUCAUAUUCUUCAGGAGGAAAAAUUUAUUUGAUAGCUUUAAGAUUUAUUUUUGGAACAAUCUAUGCUGUAUAAAUGCAAAUUUAACUUAUACUGUUUCAGGGAAUUACAAAUGUACUUGCAUUGUUAGUUCUUUCGCUAAAUAUUGAUAUCUGGUACAAUCCCUAGACAUAAAGACCUUAGAGAAAGCAUUUCAACCUUGCACUUCAUACUCAGUUAUGUUUUCUUGAACAUAUAUAUAUCUAGGGAUUGAUUUUAUCAAAAGACUACAAUUGUAAUGUAUAAUACAAGAAAAAUACUAUCAUAGUUUUUUUUAUGAUGAAGUAGAUUUGUUUACAGAUAAAUAAAAGUGAGACAAAAAUACCA